AUGCGUGGAGUGGGGAAGGGUGGUGACCUGCGUGGACAGGUGAAGGGUGGUGACCUGCGUGGACAGGGGAAGGGUGGUGACCUGCGUGGACAGGGGAAGGGUGGUGACCUGCGUGGACAGGGGAAGGGUGGUGACCUGCGUGGACAGGGGAAGGGUGGUGACCUGUGUGGACAGGGGAAGGGUGGUGACCUGUGUGGACAGGGGAAGGGUGGUGACCUGUGUGGACAGGGGAAGGGUGGUGACCUGCGUGGACAGGGGAAGGGUGGUGACCUGCGUGGACAGGGGAAGGGUGGUGACCUGCGUGGACAGGGGAAGGGUGGUGACCUGCGUGGACAGGGGAAGGGUGGUGACCUGCGUGGACAGGGGAAGGGUGGUGACCUGCGUGGACAGGGGAAGGGUGGUGACCUGCGUGGACAGGGGAAGGGUGGUGACCUGCGUGGACAGGGGAAGGGUGGUGACCUGCGUGGACAGGGGAAGGGUGGUGACCUGCGUGGACAGGGGAAGGGUGGUGACCUGCGUGGACAGGGGAAGGGUGGUGACCUGCGUGGACAGGGGAAGGGUGGUGACCUGCGUGGACAGGGGAAGGGUGGUGACCUGCGUGGACAGGGGAAGGGUGGUGACCUGCGAGGACAGGGGAAGGGUGGUGACCUGCGAGGACAGGGGAAGGGUGGUGACCUGUGUGGGCAGGGGAAGGGUGGUGACCUGCGUGGACAGGGGAAGGGUGGUGACAUGUGUGGACAGGGGAUGGUUAGUGACCUGCAUGGACAGGGGAAGGGUGGUGACCUGCAUGGACAGGGGAAGGGUGGUGAGCUGUGUGGAGAGGGGUGA